UUUUGACACUUGAAAAUGGCAGAUGCGGAGUUGACUAGUGCUUUGAAAGAUAUCCACUAUAAAAUUCAAACUGCAAGUUUGAAGGAAAGGAAAGAGGUUAUUGACAACGUUAUUAGAGUUUUAAAAAAUCCGGCUGUAAACGAAAAUAUCGUUAAGGGAAUUUCCAAAACAUUGCCUUUAACUCUGUCCAGAUACAGAGAUAGAUCAUCACAACAGCUUGUAAAGAAUUUGGUAACCGCACUGGUAGAAGAUCAUCCAGAAGCAGCCAUAAAAUGUCUCACAAACGUUUUGGUAGAUGUUGCUACACAAUACAAGAACAUAGUCAUCACCAACAACACCAGCAAAACUGCUCUGUUUGCUUUGACUUGGUCUACAAUUAUAUUCACAAAAGGAUGGAAGCACAGUCCAGGUACUGUUCAGGCACAACUUACACAAAUAGUUGAAUUGCAGUCUUAUUUAGUUACCUCAAUUCUUGGUGCAGAUAACAUGAAGAGGAAACUAAAAGCUAUUACUUUGAUGCAUAGAUCUUGGUCCAGUGUGCCAGAUAGUGAAAAAAUGUACCUAGAAGUCAUCAAAAAGGUGGAACAGAAUCAGUAUAUAGUAGUAUUAGCAUCUUUGUUGGCUGAAAAGUUGUCCAAAGCUAAGAGUGAAGAACUUAACACCUAUAUGGACUUGCUAGUGGAUACCUUUAUUAAGAACUUCAUCAGCUGCAAAGUCCGGCCGUCUCCAAACAUAAUUAUAGCUUGUUAUCCUCUCUUGUCUCAAAUCAAUCAGCAAUUGUUUACCAAAUCUGUCCUUCCUGCUCUUCAGAAAGCUAUGCUGAGGAAUCCUGAAGUUAUUUUAGAAUGUGUUGGACUGGUGAUAUCAGGAGUGGAUUUAGAUCUCAGUAAAUGCACUGGAGAUUUGGGAAACAGUUUGAUAGCUAAUUUACAUUCCAAAGAUGACAAAGCACGAUCCGAAGCCGCAGACGCUUGCAAAAGACUCGCUGAAAAAGUUAAAGACCAAAAAUCAGUAGAGGAACUCCUCAAGAAAACUUUCGCCGUCUUCCACGGGUCAGACGGAAAACUGACAGUGGUAGAUCAUAAAAUCAGUGUCUUACUAGGUGCUGGCCAUCUCAGCUGCAAUGCGGUAGCACCUGAACAUUUUCAAGCUUUAAUAGUAGUAGCUGCUGAGUUUUUCGGUAAGGUUUUAGAAACUGAGGUACACGAAAAAACUUUGUGUCAUUCUCUGGAAAUGAUGUCGUUGUGGACUAGCAAAUUAAGUCAGGAGGUACCUAAAAAAAUUUUGGAUAUAUUAAAGAACGGUAUUGGUUUGAAAACAUCCACUCCUGCAGUGAAAAUAUCCUACAUUCAAUGUAUGAUCGCCACUUUCAACACAAAAACAAUACCCCAAGCCUCAAUGUUCAUCCCCAUCCUCACUAAAUCUGUAGAAAAAGCAGUCGCUCAACCAACGAUCGCAUUAUCAGUAACUGAGGGCCUCUGCGCAGCUCUGUUGUUGUUUAAACUUGCCAGUGUUCAAAAAGAGAAGGAUAACGAUUUCCAGAGUGUUUGGAACGCUGUGCUAGAUAUGGAAAAACAGAUUUUCUUUGCCGAGAAGUACCUAUCGACUACUACCGAAGACAGUCUCAUAUAUGUCAUGCAACUCUGCGAAGUAUUGCUCGUACAGUACCCGGAAAAACUAAAGAAACCAGAACCAAUCCACAGAGCUGUGUUGUACUGCACAACAGUUUGUUCCAGUAGUACGAGACGGAAAUGUCUAGCAAUACUCAAGCGAAUAGUGGGUAGUUUAAGCGGAGCUGCUAUAGCUAGAUCUUUGUUCAAAGAACUGCAAAGGUUUUUAGAAACCAAUAAAGUAAUAAACGAGCCGAAAUCAGAGGAUAAUAAAGAGAGUGACAACAAUUUUUUGAGCUCUCAUACUGUCGUGGAAUGUAUAACAACGUUGUGCUCGUUAUCUGGUUUGACCACAGAAGAUGUGCAGCUUCUAGCCAUCGAUUCGUUACUGCCAACGCAUCAUCCGUCUGUUGUUAACUUAAUGCCAAACUUGUGGGUCAAGAUAAUAAAGCAUUUCAAUAGUAAACCUAAGGAUUUGGUGGCUCGGCAAUCUUCUCAGUUCAAACAACUAUUUGUAGAUGAGUAUAAACACACAGUGAGCAAUGAGAACGCUUUAGCCACUCUCAUAGCUGUCAAUCCUGACGCUCUAUUGCCAGAUAUAGCCAGCAAAGUCAUCACUCGAUUAAACGACCCGAGGAUCUGUCAAAUAUCAAAAGAUGAUUACUUCACCUUCCUGACACCAGAUGGAGAACUGUACGACAAGAGCGUGAUCCCAGGUAACGACAGCAACAACGAUAUGAAUCUGAAGAGAGAGAGCAAGGUGUACAGUUACAAGGAACAGUUGGAGGAGCUUCAACUGCGAAGGGAACUAGAAGAAAAGAAAAAGAAGGAAGGCAAAAUAAAGCCGCCGCAGCUUACACCUAAACAACUAGAAGCAAUUAAGAACCAAAAGUUGAAGGAGCAAACCAUCAGAAGUCGACUAACGGAGUUAAACACGACAGUUCAAGAAUGUCUAUCUAUGAUACAAGCAGCGGCUAGGGGUAACCCAUUACAUUUAUCUCUGCACUUUAAAGAUCUUCUCCCGACUUUGCUCCAAGACUUGCAGUCACCCCUAGCCGCACCUCUAAUCUGCAAGCUCUUCACCAGUCUGAGGAAAACUGUGUUUUUCGACGAUCUGGACCCCCUGGGAGAACUAGUGGCUAACUUGACCUUGAGAUUAGCCAAUCCUCAGUGCGAUUUGGACUCCAAUUGGGAAUCGGAGAACAUUAACAAAGCCAUGGUGAGAGCUGUGGCUUUAAUCCACGAUAAGACUGUACCCAAAAAGACUGAAGAUCAUUCAGAAAUGUGUUUUACAGUUCCAGCUUUUUGCUACGUUUUCCCUUUCUUAAAAUACAGUUUAGUCUCAAAUUACGCUAGGAACCACGACGAAUUAAUACACGAUGGACUCCAAAUCAUAGCCGAGCACGCUAAAUUACGAGGAACCGAAGAAAAUGGCGUCAAAGAUAUCUAUCAUCCACGAUACUUGCCUACCAAACAGAUACUCAGCCUCCUUGUAGGAAUUAUCAACGCAACUCAGGGUAGAGUACAGUCCCAAUGCGAAGCGUGUCUUUUGGAAGUAGCUUCUUGUAUAAGCGGCCAAGUAGGUUGCGCCAAAGCUAGCACUGACGAAAUAGAUGUUCUGCUAGGUGCCUUGCAGAGCCCCUCCUCGGUACUCAGAGACGCCGCACUGAGAGGACUAACCAUAGACAUCCUGACACUUCCCACCUUCGAGAAUGAUUACGCCUAUGCCAUAAAAGUUUUUAAAAGAGUUUGGAUCGCGAAAUUCGACGAAGUCGAAGAAAACAGAAUAUUAGCAGAACAAUUGUGGGAUGAGGCCAAUAUGAAAUUUCCUGCUCAAUUGAGCGAAGAAUUAAUGGACGACGUUGAACAUCCAGUAGAAUGUGUACAGUCCGCUGCAGCCAAAUCUCUAGCAGCUCUUUUAGAAACCGACCAGUCGCAAGUCGAAGAAAUAAUGAAGAAAUUAGUUAAACUGUAUCAAGAUCGUUUGAAGAUGAUUCCUGCCAAAAUAGACGAGUUUGGCAGAGAGGUAGAGAAAGCUGUGGACACUUGGUUCCCUCGUAGAGGAGUAGCACUGGCUUUGGCUGAAUUGGCGCCCCUAUUCACGGACGAGCUCAUCGCUGAUUUGAUACAAUUUUUCGUAUUCCAAUCUUUAGGAGACAGAAAUGAGACUGUUAGGAAAGAAAUGCUGAAUGCUGCCUUGAGAGUUGUAGAUCUUCACGGCAAGGAAACUGUAGGUACUCUGUGGCCAGUUUUCGACGACUUCAUGGGAAAAUCUUCAAAAUCGGCCACCUACGACGCUGUCAAACAAGCUGUUGUCAUUCUAAUGGGUUCCUUGGCACGACAUUUGGACAAAGACGAUCCAAGAAUCAAACCCAUCGUAUUAAGACUGAUACAAGCACUAACAACCCCAUCUCAAACCGUUCAAGAAGCCGUAUCCAACUGCUUGCCUCCGUUAAUCCCUUCCGUUAAAGACGAUGCACCUGGGUACGUCAAUAAACUACUACAUCAACUAUUAAAAGGCGACAAAUACGGCGAACGGAAAGGAGCUGCUUAUGGUUUAGCCGGUUUGGUGAAAGGAAUGGGAAUUUUGGCACUAAAGCAGCACGAUAUCAUGACGAAACUCACGGACGCCAUUCAGGACAAAAAGAACUACAAACAUAGAGAGGGAGCAUUGUUUGCCUUCGAGAUGCUCUUUCAGAUGUUGGGCAAGCUGUUCGAGCCUUAUAUUGUCCACGUUUUGCCUCAUCUCUUGCAGUGUUUUGGUGAUUCCAGCCAGUACGUCAGAACAGCUGCUGACGAUACAGCCAAAGUCGUGAUGAGCAAGUUAUCCGGCCACGGUGUGAAGCUCGUCCUGCCAUCUCUACUAGCAGCGCUGGAGGAAGAUUCCUGGAGGACAAAAACCGGAUCGGUGGAACUCCUGGGAGCUAUGGCGUAUUGUGCUCCUAAACAACUAUCGUCGUGUCUUCCCAGCAUCGUUCCAAAACUGAUAGAAGUUCUCAGCGAUUCCCACAUGAAGGUUCAAGAAGCUGGAGCUGCGGCUUUGAAAGUGAUUGGAUCUGUCAUUAGAAAUCCCGAGAUUCAAGCUAUCGUGCCGGUGCUUCUCAAAGCGCUACAAGAUCCUUCUAAUAAAACUUCGGUGUGUUUGCAGACGCUUUUGGACACUCAGUUUGUCCACUUUAUUGAUGCUCCAUCUCUAGCUUUGAUAAUGCCGGUAGUUCAAAGAGCUUUUAUCGAUAGAUCCACAGAGACUCGUAAGAUGGCAGCUCAAAUCAUCGGAAACAUGUAUUCCUUGACUGAUCAAAAGGAUUUAAUGCCGUACUUGCCGACGAUCAUCCCUGGCCUGAAGACUUCUCUAUUGGAUCCUGUACCGGAGGUAAGAUCUGUCAGCGCCAGAGCUCUAGGUGCUAUGGUGAGAGGAAUGGGUGAAUCCAGCUUUGAAGAUCUCUUACCUUGGUUGAUGACCACUUUAACCUCGGAAACCAGCUCUGUAGACCGAUCGGGAGCUGCCCAAGGUCUUUCCGAAGUUGUAGGAGGUUUGGGCGUCGAAAAACUCCACAAACUCAUGCCAGAGAUUAUCAGCACAGCCGAACGAACUGACAUUGCGCCUCACGUCAAAGACGGAUACAUCAUGAUGUUCAUAUAUAUGCCAGUAGUGUUCACCAACGAGUUUACUCCUUACAUCGGGCAAAUCAUCAAUCCCAUUCUGAAAGCACUCGCUGACGAAAAUGAGUAUGUCAGAGAUACGGCGUUGAAAGCUGGGCAAAGAAUUGUUACCCUCUAUGCAGAUUCGGCGAUUUUGUUGCUUCUACCAGAGUUGGAAAAAGGACUCUUUGAUGAAAAUUGGAGAAUUAGAUACAGUUCCGUUCAGCUUCUCGGAGACCUUUUGUACAGAAUAUCCGGAGUUACCGGAAAGAUGAGUACAGAAACGGCCAGCGAAGACGACAACUUCGGUACCGAACAAUCCCACACUGCAAUUAUCAAAGCCCUUGGUGCCGAAAGACGUAAUAGAGUAUUGGCUGGGCUCUACAUGGGUAGAUCUGACGUAGCCCUCAUGGUACGACAAGCUGCUCUGCACGUUUGGAAGGUGGUAGUUACAAAUACGCCGAGAACUCUAAGAGAAAUAUUACCGACGCUUUUUGGACUUCUUCUUGGCUGUCUUGCGAGUGAUAGCUACGACAAACGUCAAGUAGCAGCUAGAACACUCGGGGAUCUGGUUAGAAAAUUGGGCGAAAGAGUCCUUCCAGAGAUCAUUCCGAUCUUAGAACGAGGUCUGCAGUCUCCGCAAGCGGAUCAACGUCAAGGAGUCUGUAUCGGAUUGUCCGAAAUUAUGGCGUCGACCUCCAAAGAAAUGGUACUCACUUUCGUCAAUUCAUUGGUACCAACUGUUCGGAAAGCCCUCUGUGAUCCGUUACCGGAAGUUAGACAAGCAGCGGCGAAAACGUUUGACAGUUUGCACUUCACUGUCGGUGCACGAGCGUUGGAUGAUAUUCUACCUACAUUAUUGAAUCAAUUGAACGAUGAAAAUCCAGAGGUUGUAGAAUGGACACUAGACGGUUUAAGGCAAGUGAUGGCAAUCAAAUCGCGCGUAGUGCUACCCUAUUUGGUACCUCAGCUAACGGCGCCUCCUGCCAAUACCAAGGCAUUGUCAAUUUUGGCUUCAGUAGCAGGCGAGGCCUUGAACAAAUACCUCCCGAGGAUCCUACCGGCCCUUCAAACGACUCUCGGUUCUUCACGAGGUACUCCUGAAGAAGCACAGCAAAUGGAAUACUGCCAAGCUGUUGUUCUCUCUGUAGUCGAUGAAGUAGGAAUCCGAACUGUAAUAGAUACCCUUCUAGAAAAUACAAGGAACGAAAACGCCGAUCAGAGGAGAGCGGCAGCAACGUUGCUCUGUGGAUUUUGUGCUAACUCCAAAGCGCAAUACACCAGUCACGUCCCGCAGUUGCUUAGAGGACUCAUACAUCUCUGUAUCGACUCAGAUCGGGAAGUUUUGCAAAUGUCAUGGGAAGCUCUGAAUGCUGUUACGAAGACUCUAGAACCCAAACAGCAAGCCACAUACGUCUCAGACGUCCGACAAGCCGUUCGUUACGCCAUGUCCGACAUGAAAGGCACAUCAGACCUAUUGCCAGGUUUCUGUAUACCCAAAGGUAUCGCCCCUAUCCUGCCCAUCUUCCGAGAAGCGAUUCUGAACGGAGACGGCGACGAAAAAGAAGCAGCAGCUCAAGGACUUGGUGAAAUCAUCAAGGUUACCAGCGCCACAGCUUUGCAGCCUAGCGUGGUGGCCAUUACUGGACCUCUGAUUAGGAUUUUGGGUGAUAGGUUCAGUGCUAAUGUCAAGACUGCCGUUCUAGAUGCGCUAGCUACUUUAUUGGCAAAGGUUGGAAUAAUGCUGAAACAAUUUUUGCCACAAUUACAAACAACGUUCGUGAAAGCUUUGAACGAUCCCAACCGAUCUGUUCGGUUAAAAUCUGCUACCGCUUUAGGAUAUCUUAUAGUAAUCCAUCAAAGGGCGGAUCCACUCUUCAUGGAGCUGCACAAUACUAUUAAGAAUACUGAAGAUAUUUCUAUCAGGGAAACAACCAUGCACGCAUUGAGAGGUAUAAUAUCGCCUGCGGGGGACAAAAUAUCAGAGCCUUUGAAAAAGCAGAUCCACGCCACUCUAGUUUCCUAUCUAGGAGUACCGGACGACACUGUAAGGAAGUGUGCUGCCGGUUGUUUAGGUGCUCUCUGCAAGUAUUUACCGCCGGAUCAGUUGGAAUCCACUCUGUUCGAACACAUUUUAUGUGAUGAUAGUUCAGCUAACAAUACCCUCAAAGAAGGCAGAGGUUCAGCACUAACGGUGGCUUUAAAAGAAGCAGCUGAAAGUUUGUGGGACGAGCAAUACAGAGCGAGGUUGAUUCAAACGUUGCUAAGUCAAUUAUCUUCCCAAUCCGUAGUUAUCAAUCAAAUCGCCAUACGAUCCUGUGGUUAUCUCUUGCAGUUUUUGUUGAUGAGCGAAGAACCGAUUCCUAGCAACCUACUGGUACCAUUUGUUAGGGCUAUGAACAAUAACAGCAACGAUGUAAAACAACUUUUAGCGAGAGUAUCAUUCCACUUGGCCAAAAUAAUUCCUGCUGAAAAGAUGUCUGCGGAUUUGUUAAAAAUGUUGUUACCAACUUUGGUAAAUGGAACGAAAGAAAAGAAUACAUACGUAAAAGCCAACUCAGAGAUAGCUUUAAUCGCGUUAUUAAGGUUAAGGGAUGGUGAUUCUAUGUUCCAGAAAUGUCUGGGAAUUCUUGACGCCGGCGCCAGAGAAUCCCUCUCGGACGUGGUGAGCAAAGUAUUAAAGAAGAUCAUGUCACAACCCGAAGGCAAGGAAGAGGAACUCGAUGAUACCCUAUUAACCUGAUCAUUAAGACGUGCCGUCGUCAAAAUGCAAUCCAAAUUUCCUCAUUGUAAUCGUAUAUCGCCGUAUAUAAUGUUUUUUAUUUAUAAGAACCUCAUUGUAAUAUUUCUUGUUUGGUUAAUAGAUGUUAUUAAGAUUAUAAGAUUAAAGAAUAUAAUUAAA